AGUGUAGAUGAAAAAAGUAUCAAAAAUUUUUGAUCAUAAGCUUUUAGUCUAAUUUAAAAUUAAACUUUUUGAGAUUUAACAAUUUGCUGUGCUCGGACAAUAAGCUAGGAAAGUGAAAUCCUUCAAUUUUUGAUGAAUUGGACAAUUAUAUGAUCAAAUUAAGUCUUAAUGGCUACAAUUUAGCACAACUUUGUGUGAAUACAGGAGUUACCUCAAGGAAACAAUGUUUAGUUAGCACUAACAAUCGAAUCAUUAAAAUCUCUACAUUUCCAAGAAUCAAUCAUCAAUUUUGUAAUUUUCAGUUCAGUAAAAAAUUGUCACAGGAAAUCAAAUUAACGAUAAAAUUCAGUUCCCAAUCUAUUUCAUAUUAUAUCUUAUAUUAGUAACUACAAAUUAGGGUUUCAGUUAACGCAAUUUUUAGGUCCAUCUUUGGUAUUUUAUUGUUUACAGACAUGAAUAGAGCCAUCUUUACUCGAGCGAUUGAACUAUAACAUCAAAGGAAAAAGGAUUAAAAAUGUAUUUACGGGAUUCUAAACUAAUCUAAACUGGAUUGUAUCAGGUUUAUGAUUUUCAUUUGAUUUGUUUCGCGGUCAUAUUUUCGCAAGUUCAUAAGCUGAUUGGUUAUAUUUGACUUCAACCAUGACUGACCCAUCAUCUCAGCCACCUGGGAGGCUCGAUAUUAAAGAGGAGGAUGACAAAAACUCUGCGUCCUCUUCUAAUUCUGAUACAUCUAGAGAUUUGUGUUUGAUUAAAUCAGAUGAAACCUCUGAGAUUCCAUUUGAACAAGAGCGGUCAAUAUCUAUAUCCUCGGUCAUGUCUUUAAAAUUUUCAGAUUUAGAAGAUUCGAAAAGCAGUGGUACUGAUAGUAUUCAGUCUACUCCUACUGAACCACCGGCUUUUACUGAAAUUUAUUCCGCUACUAAACCUAAUGCUACUUUUAACCCUAUGGAUGCUACUGCACUUAUGGUUCCUAUUAAACCCACGACUCCAUCCGAAUCUUUAGCCACGACUGAAUCUACAGCUCCUACCGAGCCAACGGUUUCUACUAAACUUACAACUCCUUCUGAAUCAACGGUUCCUACUACACCUAUGGCUCCUACUGAACUAACAGCUCCUACCAAACCCAAAGCUCCCCCCGAACCUUUUGCCACGACCGAACCUACAGCUCCAACUGAAUCAAUGGUUCCCACUAAACCUACAGCGCAAGCUGAACCUUUAGCUACGUCUGAAUCAACAGCUCUUACCGAACCAACGGUUCCUACUAAAUCUAUGGCUACUACUGAACCUGUGGUCCCUGAUAAACCUACAGCUCCUACUGAGCCUUUAGCCACUACUGAACCUUAUGGCACUACUCAACCUUAUGCCACUACGCAACCUUCUGCUACUACUGAACCUACGGUUUAUGCUAAACCUUCAGCUCCUACUGAGUCUUCUACUAGUAAUGAACCUACGGCUCCUCCUAUUGAUACAUCGAGUUCCAAAGAAGUGCAAAAAAAGCGAAAAAGAACAAGGUCUAAAAGACGACCAAGAUCUAAGUCGUAUGCAGCUCCUAGACGAAGUCCGCGUCUUAAAGCAAAACGGAAAAAAUCAUAAUUCAAAGGUCCAUUUGAUGCAUUUACAGAAUAGAUUGUUACGUUUAUUAUUGUAAAGAGAGUUUGUUUAUCCAAUCAUAUUAAUUUAUGAUUGUGCAUUAAAGAAGAUUUUUAUCAAUCAUUCGUCAAUUCUUUUUUGUUAGGAAAUUUUAAUGCAUCGAUUGGGAAAAUUAUUUUGACAGUUCCACAGUGGAAUGCGGGGAUUUGUAACAAACGAUUAAUUAACUCGUACAAUUUAUUGAUGAUUAACUAUUACCUGCUUCGUGACUACAUUGUGAAUUUUUUUGAACUAAAAAUUGGAGACUUGAAUUACAUUUGUAAUUCAAAGCGCAAGUGAUGACUUAUAUCCUUGACCCAACCUUAACUUAAAGGUUAACUAGAUUAUGAAGAGGCCAUUUAAAACUAGAGUUUGAAUGGUAGGCUUUCUUAAUGUUGUUAUAAGGGAAGAGGCGUGAAGAUUUGUUGAAGAAUGAUGAGGAUAAGAUGAGAUGAAGAGCAGAGAUGAUACAUAAAAGUUUAAAGACAAGCAAAUAGACAAUAAAUUGCAUUAUGAGUUAGAUAAUCUCAUUAUGGGUUAGUUUUCAUGGUGAAUCAUUAUUUAACAUCAACAUGUUGUAAAAUAAGUCAAACAAAAAAACAGAAAAAAA